AUGUCUGCGGCUGAAACGGUACCGCCCGUCAAAGGGCUCCGUUCUUGCUACGACAAACUGCGUCGCGCCGUCGGAAACAUCCCGAUGGAAACGUCGAAAUCGACGAAACUGCAGAAUUUGUCAAGCCGUCGGAUAUCAGAGAUCCUCCCGAAUCUGUAUUUGGCAGGCCGGACUGUCUCGCAGAAUUCAGAGCUUCUCAAAGAGAAAAAUGUGACGGUAGGCGUCGGAACAGCUUCUGAAGGUCAUUCCGAAGAAGAUUGCAGACAGUAAUAAAUGUGUCGGACCGGGAAGUUCCCAAUUACCAACAGAAUCAUCCCUCAGUUCGCAAUUACAAGUUCUAUCCGAUCUCCGACACAGCCAACUCCAAGUUCGAUGAAAUUGUGGAAGAAGCCGUUCGACUUAUUCAUGUCUCCAGACUCAACGGAGGUUCUCUUUGCAGUCUUCCAGCCGACAUCUCAAUCGGUUUUUCUUCCAGAGGCCGUUCUCGUGCACUGCUUUCUCGGUGUCUCCCGAAGUGCCACUCUCGUCGCUUUCUAUCUCAUCUCGGCGUUCGAAAUGAAAUGGAAAGACGCCGUCGACUUUGUCCAUCACAGAAGGUCGUCUGUCAAUCCGAACUUUGGAUUUCUGCACCAAUUGAAGAUCUUUUCGAAUACAGUAAACUCCGUUCCUGGUUCAUCAUCCAUUAGUACUGCUUUCAGAAAGCAAAAGAGAUACGCCAACAACUGACAAGCGAACGAUGUCUCCAAAUGCGUGAAUCCGAUUGUGACGUCAUCAAAAAGUAUCUGCCUCUUGCCGUGCUCCAACUCUGA